CACAGGAAGAGCAAGGGUGUGUUUCCGGAGGGGAGGGCCCACCGCUGCAACGACGAACUUCGCCGAAGACGCCGUUUAGGUGGAGUUUGCACAUUGAAAGGAUGGAGCUGCGACCUUUUGUCAUGUGCUUUGCUCUCUGUGUGGUUUACGCCACAAGUAAACCCACGGAGAAGAAGGACCGCGUUCAUCACGACGAUCCUCUCAGCAACCGAGAGCACGACGAUUCUGACAACUUCGACUACGACCAUGAAGCUUUUCUGGGACAGGAAGAGGCUAAAACCUUCGACCAGCUCACACCGGAGGAGAGCAAGGAGAGGCUCGGUAUGUUGGUUGAACGUAUCGAUGAAGAUAAAGAUGGCUUCGUGACUGUUGAGGAGAUGAAGAAGUGGAUCAAGCACGCGCAGAAGAGGUGGAUUUAUGAUGAUGUGGAUAGACAGUGGAAGAGUCACGACCUCAACGGGGAUGACGUGGUGUCCUGGGAGGAGUACAAGAACGCCACAUAUGGAUACAUUCUUGACGACCCGGAUCCCGACGAUGGCUACAGCUACAGACAGAUGAUGGCUCGUGAUGAGAGGAGGUUCAAAAUGGCCGACCAGGACAAUGACUUGAAAGCCAACAAGGAGGAGUUUACGGCUUUCCUUCACCCUGAGGAGUACGACCACAUGAAAGACAUCGUAGUGCUAGAAACUAUGGAGGACAUCGACAAAAACGGAGAUGGUUUAAUUGACCUGGAUGAGUACAUUGGUGACAUGUACAACCAGGAAGGGGACUCCAAUGAGCCUGAGUGGGUGAAGACGGAGAGGGAGCAGUUCACCGAGUUCAGGGACAAAAACAAAGACGGCAAGAUGGACAAAGAGGAGACCAGAGACUGGAUCCUGCCCAGUGACUAUGACCAUGCUGAGGCCGAGGCCAAGCAUUUGGUCUAUGAGUCAGACGCAGACAAAGAUGGCCGUUUGACCAAGGCAGAAAUUGUGGACAAGUACGACCUCUUCGUUGGCAGCCAGGCGACCGACUUCGGCGAGGCCCUGACUCGGCAUGACGAGUUCUAACCGCCAUCUGCCUCCAGAGACUGUGCGCUCAUCUUGUGGACCACCGAACUCCUUUUUUUUUUUUUGUUUGGUUUUUUUUUUUGUUUUUCUGCCAGUGGAGUAUUUCGGAGCAAGACGGGCCCGCCGAAGCCACAGACAAUAAUUUAUUGGAUUUCUUGAAUGUGUCCUCAUAGUGCGCACUCUAAACGUUCUUUGUAACGUGUCCAUGCGUGACCAGUGCGUCCUCACGUUCAUUUGCACCUCAGAUUGGGAUUCAUCACCUGUCUUUGCUUUACUUUUCACUUUUCACACUAGUUUUUAUGUCCUGAUCAAAGGACAGGAUUCGUCAAUCUUUUAUUGUUUUUUUUUUUUCUUUCAGAGGACAAGUAUAUGAAUUGACCUUGCAUUUUUUAAGAACAAGAAUUAGAGCUGCGGUUUACAAAGGAUCCUCCAAUACAUUGUACUGAAGCAUAAAGCUGAACUGUACCCUCCAUUCCUUGUAAUUUGAUCUAAAUGUAAAAUUCUAGUCGCUAAUUCAGUUGUAGAGUUGUUUUUUUCCCCUGUCACAAAGCAGUCACACAUGAGUGUAGGGAGUUUGGGGUAAAAAAAUAAAUAAAUAAAAGAAUUAAAAAAUUUAAUCAAGUGACAAUGAAGACGAUCUGGCCGAGUGCAAUACGUCACCAUUGGGACCGACGCUGUGUUUGCCGUACCUUAACACAAGCUGUUUGAAGUUAAAAGCAGAUUGCGCCUUGUGUUAUUGAAGGAAUGGAGAUGACUGAUUAAUGCUGCCUCUUUCAGCCCCCCACCCCCCCACCCCCAUCACCUCAACAAUGUGUGUGAUUGUGUGCGCGUGUGUGUGUGUGUGUGUGUAUAUAUAUAUAUAUAUAUACUUGUAUUCUUGAUGACUGCCUUCCUCGUUUUAUUUUUGUGACCUUUUUGGUUUGUUUGAUUCAGCUCAAGUAACUCAUUUGUGCCAAGCAAAAAACAAACAAAAAUCCUUUUUGUAAACAGUUUAGGGAAAUAAAUUUCCCCCCCUUUUUGAACACUUUCAAAAUAAACUUCUGCUUGUGUUAUCACUACCACCAUUUAUAACCACUGUUGAUGAUUUCUAGUAAAAUGUAUAUGAAAAUGUUUUUUUACAGGCUCACUGCAACAACAAGUCUUUCACUAGUGACUCUACUGUAAAUAAAUUGUUGGCUUGCAAACUGAGCACUCUUAACAGUCUGGUUCAGGUUUUGUGAUUGAG